UAAAAGCUACAGCCUGGGGAUUGAAUGGGCUGAGAGAGCAGAAGCUACUGGACUUGGUACCACCAUGAUAAGAUAUGUCCUGUUCUUUGUUCUCUUCAUUGCCCUCCUGGCCACAGGCCAUGGGCUAACAUGUCAGGAGUGUAAUACCUCCAGUGGAGCCUUCUGCAGGGGGCACUCCCAUAAGUGCCCAUCAGUAUCAACCAGCUGCAUGAAGAGGGUCUCAAUAACCAAAAUCGGUGAUAAAUCAUUUCAAAGCUUUUCCAGUGGCUGUAAUGACGAUGAGGAUUUGUGUAACAAGGACUUUAUAAUGAACAGCGGAGCAGGCAAUGAACAAAUACGUGUUCUUACUGAGUGCUGCUACCAGGAUAACUGUAAUAGGUGCAAGACAAAGAUACCCCCUUAUAAUAACACUCGGAAUCAUCUCCUUUGCCCCGUCUGCUUGAAGUAUGAGUCCUAUGAGUGUAAACAUAAGGGUUACAUAGAAUGCAGGGGCCAUGAAAAGGAAUGCUUCGAUAUUGCUGCGACUGUUCUGAGAAAAGGUCAUUCUUCGAUGAAAUAUGCCAAGAUGGGAUGCACCACUUCACGUGGCUGUUCAUUGGGACACAAAAUUAUCCCAGGGAUCGCAUUAACUGAUAUACACCACGUAUCUUGCAAAGCAGGCUUUCCAAUCACUCACUGAUGAAAUCUCCAGUAUCUGACAUCCUAUUCAUAUUACAAAUAGUACACAGAGUACUUCUUAUUGUUGCCACAAGAAUUGUUAAAUUGUUAUCUCUAGCUACGGUGAUUGUCAUUUUUAAAAUAACAAAUACAUUAAACUUAUCUGCUCUGUGCAAUACCAUUG